AUGAAAUUAACAGCUCAACAUGUUUUGACAAUCUUUCAAGCAUUGGAAGAUUCUAUUGGUCAUACAGUCAGAAGUCAAGAUGAUUUAACUUAUAAUUUAGCCAAUAUUCUCAAAGCCAAUCGACAAUUACGUGAAGAUGAACAACCUGGAGCUGCAUCAGAACCGUCACUAGGCAAUCCUUUACGACGAACAUUUGAAAAUUCGGCCAAUGGUUUAUUGAACAACGCUCGUGAUAACACAGGUUUAUCAGCACAAAAAUCUCUUACAGAUUUGGAUCAAUGUAAAGCUAUGGUUGUUAAUGGUGCAAAAGGUUCAUCAAUCAAUAUUUUUCAAGUCAUUGCUUGUGUUGGAGAAGAAAACGUCGAAGGAAAACGAAUUCCUUCCAGUUUUAAACAUCGAACAUUACUUAUUUUGAUAAAAGAUGAUUAUGGACCUGAAGCAAAAAGUCAAUCAAAUUUAUCUCCAUCUGAAGUGAUUCGUGGAAUUCGAAAUUUAACGGAACGUUUAGUCAUUGUCAAAGGUUCUGAUAGUUUAUCAUUAGAAGCUCAAUCAAAUGCAACAAUGUUAAUGGAAAUUCUUCUUCGUUCAACACUUUCAUCAAGACAAGUUUUAGAAAUGCAUCAUUGA